CUAUCUCCGACUCACCUAUCAAAUUUAUACCAAGCAACUUCAUCAAGCGAGUCACAGGCAUUUCACAUCGAAUCCAAAUUAUACAGCAGAGAGAAUAGUCCGGAUAACAAGAAGUUGUUAAUUAAGCCACCAUGCUUGCCUUCUGCCCCGAGUGCGCAAACAUCCUAACGGUCUCUGUAUCUCCAGACUCCGGUCGCAAUCGCCUCGAAUGUCGAACCUGUCCAUACCAACACGCUAUCAACAGCGAAAGCUUCUUCGCAAGAAAACACUUCAAGAAGAAGGAGCGCGAAGAUGUCUUCGGUGGUGACGGCGCAUGGGAUAAUGCCGACAAGACCAAGGUGCAAUGCAACAACUCUACGUGCACCGGCAAGGAGGCCGCCUUCUACCAGAUCCAAAUUCGUAGUGCCGACGAGCCUAUGACAAGUUUCUUCAAGUGCAUGACUUGCGGCCACCGAUGGAGAGAAAAUUAGGCGUGAUAGUAAGGAGUUGGCAUAAGUGGUAAAUAUUCCACUGGAUGGCAUUUUGUGAAUUUUCUGAUGGCGUUGGGAUGGAGUUGUGAGGUUUUCGUCCAUGUUGUUCAUAUUGCGUCCCAGUUUAGCCAACUUCCCAAUAAUGAUGAUACCCAAGUUGCUUCUGACUCUCAAAUCCUCCUCACACGUUCGUCAACGGUGCUUUGUUCAUGCGUAAUUAUUAUUUGUCAGUCCCCUUGUUAACCCCGUACACACGACAGAGCUCGAAAAUAAGAGUAUUCGCGUUGUUCCUGG